GAUGAGUUCCUGUGCCAAAUCAAUGCUUCCAUCUCAGUGGCUGUUCCUGGCAUAUGUGUUAAUGGUGUGCUGUAAAUUGUUGUCCGCAAGUAGCCAUCCUCCUCGGGGACCGGCAGGUCUCAACCAAGUUAAACAAGGGACCUGCGAGGUGGUUGCAGUGCAUCGGUGUUGCAACAAGAACAGGAUUGAAGAGCGGUCACAGACAGUCAAGUGCUCUUGCUUCCCAGGUCAGGUGGCAGGCACAACACACGCACGGCCAUCUUGUGUUGAAGCUGCCAUUGUUAUCCAGAAGUGGUGGUGUCAUAUGGAACCUUGUCUGGAAGGAGAAGAAUGUAAAGUGCUUCCAGAUUACUCAGGUUGGUCAUGCAGCAGUGGAAACAAAAUUAAAACAACCAAGGGCAAGACAACCAACCUAGAAAACUCCAAACACAAACUACAAGUAAAACCAAUUCAUUCUGAUUGUAAAAUUAUAGAGAAGUCGGAAAAUCUGUGCAACAGUGAAUGUUUCUGUGCAGUUGCAUUAGCUUCUUCUGCACGGUUCCCUGUGUUGAAAUGGUAUGACAUGAAGGCCUUCAAAUUGAUGUUCGAAUGCCAGGAUAGGUCUAUUCAGAUAAAGAUCCUGAUCUCGCAGACAAGUGUUUUUCAAAGUGAUACUUUAUGGACUUUGAAGAAGCAAGAUAAGAAGUACAGUGAUGCUUCUGAACUUUGGUGCCAGAAGAAAAGUCCAGAGCAUAUUGUGGAAAUCCAAGACAAUAAACAAAUUGAUCAUACAACAAAUCAAUUCAGAGUUCUUACUUGA